UGUCGAGAGGAAAGGAGUGAGAUGUGAAUGGUGAGGAAGAAGAGAUUAGAUACGUAUAUCGAAAUGUAGAGAAAUUUACAAGUGCUGACAUGAAUCAAGACGAUACUUGUACAUCUGACUCCGACUACUGAUGGCUGACCGUGAUGUCCAGGACAAAGACGAAGGAAAGGCCAUGGUAUUUAUUCCCGUAGGGCGUAACCUUCAGCGACCCACUAUCCUGCCGACCACAUGUGGAUUCCGCCGGCUGUAUGUUCACAUCUGUCUCUUUGCCGUAGUGAUCAUAGUGAUUCUGGUCCUACGAGCGAUCUCCAAUGUACGUGUGGUCUUUGUGCAGUAUCACUCAAAUUCUGACACUGAUGGAGAGUUGGUUGUUCUACCAGAGAAGUUUGCUUUUUCCAGAGGAGCGUAUUGUCUGGAUGGUUCACCUCCUGGGUAUUACAUCAGAUAUGGGAAGAGUCCUAACCUGAACAAAUGGAUUGUACAUCUUCCAGCAGGUGCUUGGUGUUCAUCUGUGGAGGAAUGCUACAGCAGGAGUCUGACAGAGCUUGGCUCCAGUGUGGAGGCUCCAAUGUUCCGAGCUUUCAAUGGAAUUCUUUCUCCUAGCGAGUCUGAAAACCCCAAAUUUCACAUGUGGAAUAUGGUGGAUUUUCUGUACUGUGAUGGUGGCUCCUUUCUAGGAAACAGAAGUAAUGUUAUCAGCCACAAAUCUAAGAAGUUAUACCUGACAGGUUUUCAGGUGUUUAAUGCUUUGAUUGACUAUUUACUGGAACACACAGAACUCAGAACAGCUGACCAGAUCAUCCUUAUAGGUUCCUCAGCUGGUGGAGUGGGGGCCGCAGUCAACGCUGACUACUUGAGGAAGCGACUGACCGGGGUAAACUCAGUACACCUUGUGGUGGAUGGAAGCAUAUUUGUGGACAACCCUGAACAAACUGGACAGCAUGUGAUGAGGAAUAUCUUCAAAAAUACAUUCUACCUUCAUAAUAUACAAGGUGCUGAAAGUAUUCAGGAGUGUACCCAGAAGCUGCCCAGCAGUGACCAAUGGCAGUGUCUCCAACCCACCUUCUUCUACAAACACCUGUUUACACCUGUCUUCUUCCUCAAUUCUCUCCAUGAUUCCUGGUACAGUAAGAAUGCUAUAGGAGUUACCUGUCCUUUCUCCACCUGUAGUCAGUCAGACAUCAGUGUACUGGAUCAACACAGAAGCUUUAUUCUCUCCAGACUCUCUCCUGUCCUGCAGUCGAAGCAGGAUGGUAUAUAUCUGACUUCCUGUCCGAUUCACACCAUGACGAUGAACAAAAGAUUCUCUUCUAAGUUGAGUGAAGUGGGUAUUUCCCCUCAGACUGCUUUAAUUAAGUGGUAUUUUCACCAAGUUCCCAAUUAUACUUUUGUUGAGAACAUAGAUUUUAGAGAAGCUACAGCAGUUUGUAAGUUAGGAAAUUGAAAAUACCUGAAUUUUUUUAACUUAUAGUUCUUCCACGGAAAGAAACUUGUUAUCUAACUGCUUUCUGACCACUGUGUAAAUUUUGAAUUAAGUAAAUUUCAGGUGACACACAAAAUUGAAACUGCAAAUUGAACAAAAAAUGCAUCAAAAUUUCUUAUACUCAGUCUUCUAUAUAUUGCUUGUUUUUAUGUGUUGUUUUGUUAAUUGGCUUUAUAAAUGUAUGUGCAUAGAAUAACAAACAAUUCUCAACUAUAGUAAGUCAGUAAACCCAGCACAUUUUUUGUUGGGAAAUUUACUUUAAAGUAUUUUACUUAUUCUUCAUUAUCCAUAAAUGUUCUCAUUUCACUGAUUCUUUUAUUUACAGGCUCAUUGUUUUAAUUUAGAUUUUGUUCGAUGUUGUAAAACUUCACAAGUGCUUUAAAGUAGAACAGUAUUUUCCAGGGAGGGAUGUUGUGCCAAAUAUUAGGCUUUAGUGGAGAUUUUUUUUUCAUAAAACGUGUAAAUUUUUUUUUACAAAAUAAGUAUUCUUUGAUGAAAUCCUGUUAGUGAACUUAGAGAACUGGUAUACAGUAUUAAUAUUAUAUAUGCAUCAUGUAUACACUAAUUCUUUGUUUUAUAAUGUAUCAUGUACCUUCAAGCAGCAUAAGAAGACAUUUGAAAAAUAGUGCCAUGUCAUGUAAAAUGUUGUAGUAGACUAGUAGCCCUUUGUUGAAGAAGGAAGUUCAACAUUUACUGUAUUAUUUAUAGAACUUCAAUUUGGAACUUUUAAUUUGAUAUACACUUUCACUUUACUCUGUAUAUUACAUCAGUUGUACAUAUAAUUUCUUCUACUAUCAUGUAAAAUGAUUUUAUAUUUAAAUACCUAAUGAGCAUAUAGAACACAUUUCACAUGCAGAUUUGUAUGACUUGUGAACAUGUGAACUUAUUAAUUAAUUAAAACGUCCAUUAAUAGAACAAAUUACAUUAUGUAAUGCAGUCAUCUAUGUUUGACUUGAACAUACAUUUCUUAAAUUGUUCAUUGAACUGGUAUUGCACUGAAUUCCUCAUUCUUUACCCUUUAAUGUUCCACAUUUUGACACUGUGUGACUGUGAUUUCUACAUGUAUCAUUUAUUUACUAUAAUUUUUACUAUAAUGUUAAUAAAGAUGGAGAAAUUUUGAUUUGAUACAAUGGAGAUUUUUUUUAAAUUUAUAUCCAAUUAACUGAUUUCCAAAAAAAAUAGAUUGUUGAACAUACCUGUUUUAAUUUUUAGACAGAUAUUUCCUUUCUGAAAUUUUCCAAUCUUUUUUUUUUUUUUUGUGUGUGUGUUGAAGUAUAAAUUAUGUGCUUAUUACAAGUUAACAUAUGCAAAAUAUUAGUGCAAGUCACAGUCAUGUUAUUCUUUUUGGUAAUGACGCAGGUGUACUUUUGAAGUUUUGUGCAAUACGAUAAAUGUACACAUGUAUGUCUAAACUAAUUUACUCAAAAUUCGUUGCCUUUUAAUCAUGUUUGAAGGAUAAUGAACAUUAGGAUUGACUUAAAAUUGCACUUCAUUUCUCCGAUCUCUACACAGAAACUAUCACUAAUUAGUAAUAAGAUAUAUACAAUAAACUCACCCGUGUUUAUAUAAUUUUACAUCUAAUUGAUAUUUUUCUUUCGCAUUACUAUAUAUUUACAUACUUUAUCUACAAAGUUACUGCAUGUACAUGUAACAGUUUCCAAAGAUCUCAGACUGGAUAUUAACUAUGAAUAAGUAGUAAAUGAACCUCUCUGUCAGUACUGCAGGACUAACCCUGGUAAAAACAAUGCAAGACAGAAACUUAUAGUCUCUUACUUCAUGUGUUGAUCUAAUAAUCCAUUGAUCAAAACUGUUUUAUGUCAUAAUUUUCUUUCAUUUGGCUACUUGUUUACUGUACAUGUAUCUGUGAAGCAAAUUUGACCUAGAAAAGUUUAAUCAUAUGGAACCUGUACCAAAGCAGUCAAAUUAGUGAUUCUGACCUUGACCUUCAACUUUUUCUUGACCCCAUGAUUGUAUUGAGACAACCUUGUUCUUUGUUGCCAUAUAACACAGAGUUGUGAUGUCUUCCACACUGUUUAACAAAGGAUUGAUCAUGCUGAUAUCAAUCUUUUUUAUUUAGAAUUUUGAAUUGUUGCUCAGUUGUAUUUACAGUGACUAAUGAUAUAAAAUUCCCUAAAUGAUAUAAAAUAGCAUUAUUGGAUUGAUUUGCAUACAUUCAAAUAUUAAUCUUAAUGGUAAUAAACCAUUAUGUUGACCAUGAGUGAUACAAUGUCCAUUAACAGAACAGUUUACAUUAUUUAUGGAUAUAACAAUAUCAUCCACUAGUGAAAUGAAUAAUAAAGAAGCACACACUCAUCACUUAAAAAAAAUUACAAAUGUCAUUAAUGUUUGCAUAUGUGUCCACUAAUGCUAAACAUAUCCUUCAUGGAUUAUAUAUCAUUAGUGGUUACUUCAAUGCUUUUUUUUUUCUACGAAGUGUGAGAGAGAUCAUCAAAUUCUUAAGUUACUGUCUCCCCAAAAAGGUGAAAAUACAUGUAUAAUACAUGUUUGAGUUAAUACAUAAACAUAAUAUUUUCUUUUCUUUUUUUUUUUCAUGCUUUUUGCUUUACUCUAGGGUAUUGUCUGGAUUGUUGGUCUGUACUGACAAGUUUGCUUUAAUUUUAAUAUUCAGAAAAGUACAUGACAAAUAUAUGUACAUUUCUUAAUCAAAAUACUGUAUGACGGGUAUUUUCUGCAGUUGGAAAUUUUUUUUGAUUUGACCCAAGAAAGACAGCAAAUUAAUUUGUGAUUUUAAUUUCUGCAGUUGUAUUAAUAUAUUCCAACAAUUUAUUUAUGACUAUACUACCAGAUUCUGACAAUUUGACAGAACACCACGUUUUUAUACCCACACUUGAAAAGGGGGGAUGUAUAAUGAUGGGGGUGUCUGUCCAUCCAUUAUGUUUUGGGGUACACAUCUCUUAUCCUCAACUCCUCCUAUACCACUGAAUAAAAUUUAAUGAGAUCUUCUCAGAAUCUUUGUUACAUGGUGCCAUUGUGACCUUCUAUUUCACUUUUUGAUCUGACACUUAUUUCAGGUCUCCCAUAACAAAACAUGGACUUUGCCAUUAUAAUCAUAUGGGAGGUGGGAGGUAUCAUUUUGUGAGCUCAGUGCUCACAGUACCUCUAGUUUAACAUAGUUUCAAAUUCUUUUAAUGAUAUGUUGACCCACAGUGCAUUAUAUUUAGAAUUUCUUCUUUGCCUAUCAAUGUUCAAGUUAGUGUUCAUAAAUCAUUUUCAAAUCACUUUUACUGAAGUUCGUAAGUCAGUAAGCAUAAAUCCAUUUUAGAAUAUACAGCAAGUAGGUAUGAAACAAGAUUUCCUCAAGAUGUCUGACAUAUACACCACUUACCAUGUUUGGAAAUUAAAAAAAAAAGAAUGUAUAGAAUUUCUGAUAUUUCUGGAAUGUUUUGCGAUUAUAAUUUUUGCAGAUACUUCCUAUUUACAAUAAUUGACAAAACGCAGAAAAUAUCCACUACACAGUAUCAAGCUUUGUAAGCAAAUUUUGCUUUCUAUACAUUACAAUAAAGGUUACUCACUAACGCAAAACUCGAUAUUAUUUUCUUAAAUUUUAUUCAGAGUGAUAUUUUAUGUAAUAUUUACAUAUAACAUUCUUUGUCACCAUUUAUAAUUUGUGAACACAUUGAUGUGAAGUGGAAUAAAAUGAUACCAUUUUCAA